UGUUCGGUGCAGUUGUUAAAAAAAGAGUUUUAAAAAAAUUAAUUAAAUUUAAAUUAAUUAAAAUGAAAUUCAUUGCUUUAAUUAUUUUCGCAUUAGUGCUUGUAUGCUCUAUUCAAGCACAAAAAGAUGAUUGUCCUCGAUUCUGUCCAGCAAUUUUUUCACCCGUUUGUGCUUUCAAUGGAAAAUGUUAUAAACAGUUUGGUAAUAGUUGCGAAUUGGGUGCAUCAGCAUGCAAUGGAAAAGGACGUUUCCGACAAGUUGGUUUGGAGGAAUGUUCUAAGCGUGGAGUCCGUCUAUGUAACUAAGAUUAAUUUAUAUACAAGCAUUAUUUAAAUAUAUAAAAUAGUUGAAUAUAGUUUACAUUUAAGACAUUCUAAUAUUCAAAAAUAAAAUAUCUAAUAAUA